CUACCAUAGAUUCAUGCUGGUGCCGAAAUAAUAAUGCAUGUAAUAAUGAUGCCAAACUACAAAAUAUUUCCUGCAGAAAAUGCGUCGAGUGCUGUGGUGCAAAGUGAGGUUUAAGUAGAAAGGGUUUAUUUGUAUGGGCCCAUGUGCCUAUUAUACCAUAGUAAAUAUUUAGCCAGAAGCUACUGAUUCUUCCAGUGUAUUUGGUGACAUUGUAACACUAGCGGCCGCCACCGUCUGAUGUCCGCCACUAGGGGGCGUUGACCCGCACAACAAACACCAGCGAACAGCCGCCGCCACACAAAGACAAUGCUCACCCCACACACACAAAAAGCAGUCUGAUCUCAUAUGAUCCCAAACUUCCCGUGGUUUGACUUCGCUCCUCACUGGAAGCACGCUGGAUUGUAACUGGAAAACAUUACACAGCCUAAACAUAAGAACAAUAUCAACCAAGGGAGACGGACCCACCAUAACGUUAGUGUGUACAGGAGGACGUAACUAUUGGACAAGAGGCGUGCAAGCUUCCACUGAGGCUUUUUAAACCUGGCACUGUGCGCCCAGAGGCGAUCCCCGGGAUUUCUGACAGUUGAGGAACAGUUUGAGAGUGCUGCCAUGUUUGCACCACCACCACCACCACCUGCUUGACUCCUACCCUGGGGCAAGAUGGACUGACGACCGAGACCGCGGUCCACUCCUUGCGCUUUCGUCGGUGCACCCAGGAGGAGUCGUGUUGGAUAAGUGUCGGUGGGACGGUGCGCCCGAACAACAACCAGCACCAUGGUUGCUAACGGUCCGACCAGCGGCAGAUGCCCGUGGCUGCGUCUCUUCUCCCCGUUCCAGAGCAGCCGGGAGCGCGUGGUGCUGACCCGCAGCGAGAGCAUGCACGGUGAAAGUGUGUUGAAGAUCACCGUCACCGAGACCACGGUGAUCGAGGCGGAGUCCGGCGUCUGGAACCUGCGCUCCAUGUCAUACCUGGUGCUGUGGUUCUUCUUCAGCUUCUGCACGCUCUUUCUCAACAAGUAUAUUCUGUCGCUUCUGGAGGGAGAGCCGAGCAUGCUGGGUGCUGUCCAGAUGCUGUCCACCACCAUCAUCGGGUGCCUCAAAAUGUUUGUCCCCUGCUGCCUCUACAAGCACAAGACCCGCACCGAGUAUCCGUCCAACUUCGUCAUGACCAUGCUGUUUGUUGGCCUGAUGAGGUUCACCACGGUAGUGCUGGGCCUGGUCAGCCUGAAGAACGUGGCCGUGUCUUUCGCCGAGACGGUGAAGAGCUCAGCGCCCAUUUUCACGGUCAUCAUGUCCCGCCUCAUCCUGGGGGAGUACACAGGAUUGUGGGUAAAUCUCUCCCUGUUCCCCAUCAUGGCCGGCCUGGCACUGUGUACGGCCACAGAGCUCAGCUUCAACAUGCUGGGCUUCUCCGCAGCCCUCUCCACCAACAUCAUGGACUGUUUACAGAAUGUUUUCUCCAAAAAGCUGCUCAGUGGUGACACCUACAAAUUCAGCCCACCAGAGCUGCAGUUCUACACCAGCGCAGCAGCUGUCAUCAUGCUCAUUCCUGCCUGGGUGUUCCUGCUGGACAUUCCAGUGAUCGGGAAGAAUGGGCGGAGCUUGGUCUGGAGUCAGGACGUGGUGCUGCUGCUGCUGUUUGACGGAGUGCUGUUCCACCUGCAGAGCGUCAGUGCCUACGCCCUGAUGGGCCGUAUCUCCCCCGUCACCUUCAGCGUGGCGAGCACGGUGAAGCACGCCCUGUCCGUGUGGCUCAGCAUCAUCGUGUUCAGCAACCACAUCACGCUGCUGGGUGCGGCGGGCUCGGUGCUGGUGCUGCUGGGCGUGCUGCUCUACAACCGGGCCCGCCAGGCCCAGAGGAGGGCUCUGAGGGCCAUGGCCAGCCGGCAGCAGGACCCCCAGUACCACUACGACCACAGCCACAGGCCCUCCAGGGGAGAACCGCCGGCCCCGGGCCAGCAGGCCUCCAAGGACUUCAAGGCCUCCCAGUCGUAGCCUGGGAGACCUGCCUCCCCAGGACCAGCCCGCCUCCAAGGACUUCAAGACCUCCAAGGACUUCAAGGCCUCCCAGUCAUAGCCUGGGAGACCUGAAGCCCCAGGACCAGCCCGCCUCCAAGGAAUUCAAGGACUCCCAGUCGUAGCCUGGGAUACCUGCCACCCCCAGGGUCAGCUUGCCUCCAAGGAAUUCAAGGCCUCCAAGGACUUCAAGGCCUCACAGUCGUAGCCUGGGACGGAGGUUAGGAUGCCAAGUGGGUGGGGAGGGGGAGGCGAUCCAGGACUCACUUUUGGCCACCUCCUUGUCUCUCUGACUCUUUGCACUCUCUUGCUCUGUCCCCAUUUCACACUAAAGGAGAGUUGGGUUCUCACUUGACACGCAUUUCCACCAGUUCAACUGAAAUAUCCCCCAAAGAAUGGAAAUUGGGAAGGCUGAGUGGCAGCAAGGGAGCUGGUUAGCGGAAGUGUGGUAACCUAGCAACCACUAAGUUGUCCAUUUCGAUUGUUAUUCCUAAAACAAUUGUAAACAAUUGUUGCUGACUGAACAGUACAGGUACCUGCUGUGUCACAUGACUCUUUUUGCACUAUAUAUUGCACAAACAAGCUUUUUCCCUUAAGUCCACUAUGUUAAAAAAACAAAGUCAUAGAUCUUUUUUUUUUUUUUGCUUCUGACAUGUAUUUGCGAUUGCAUAUUUGGGAUCCCCAGUUGAUUAUAUGCGGUCAUUUUAAGUUUGAUGUUUAAUUUUGUAUUAUUUUAUGGUGUAGGUUUGCGAGAGCUUAUGUGUUUGUGCAUGGCUUUAAUGUCGUGGCCGUUGCUUCCAGACAGGAUCUCGACCCGGUUGUCUUAUAGCGGUCUGGCCCCGUAUCCCGGGGCGGAUCGGAGAGGUCCGUGCAAUGAUCGUUCAGCUGUACCCGACGCGAUCUGCGUCGUUUCAGGGAGCCUCAGAUAUGAAAGCACUCAGGAUAACUUUCCUUUUGUAAUCUUUCGAGCACGCAGUCUUUUUAGUUGGGGGGGGGGGGGGGGGGGGGGGGUGAAGGAGUAGCGAUGUCGCGGUGAAGCCUUAACUUCGUUCCCGAUGAUUGAUGCGAGAAACUGGAGCUUCUGAAGACUGCUCCGUUUUAGUCCCAUAGUCGGGAUUCUCGCCCGUGCUCAGCUUUUCUACAGGGAUGUUUUCUAGGUAGCCGUCGGUUUCCUCUUUUCCCUUCCGUCGAUACAUUCCAGACGUACUUGUUAAAAUGAUCGUAAUUUCGCCCAGAGGCGGGCCCGCAGAAAAAAAGAGUCAUUUUCUACAUCCAUUAAGCACGUUUCCCCGGCAACGAGGGAAUCUGUGACAUUCUGAGUUUGUGGCGAGAUUUCACUUUGUUUUUAAUGCUUUACCAAUACCAUUUUUUUCUUUUCUUGAAAUACGAGUCCCACUUUUUGUCCUGUGUCUACACCACUAGUUGGAAUGAAUUACAUUCCUACAUUGAAUGAGGAUGAGGCAUUGAUUGAAUUCGUUGAAUCUAAUAUAAUAAGAUGUAGCAAUAAGGCUUGAUGUCUUGCUACCCAGUUGAUACUGUACAUUCAUAUGGAAAUAAUCUUGUUUUGGAAUUUUACAUUUGAACAAUGUUAAGUGAAUAUAAUACCUUAUUGAACAGGAGGCAUGUCUUGGACCAAUACUUUUUAUUAAAGAUAUUUUUUAUGGGA